GACAAAUAUUCCAUAAGGAAGUGUUAAGCGUAGCUGAGCAUUGUAAAGCUAGCUUAUUUGAGAAAGUGCCAUUGGGCGUAGGCACAUCCGACAGGUGACUGAGCAACACUUCAAUGCUCUACCUAUGGCCUUGCGGUUUCCAAGUCGAGCGAAGAAAACAGGCGUAUUUUAUUCUAAAAAUAUUGUAUUGCAUGCGAAACUUGUCACAUGAAUGGCGCGCGCGCUUUCCUUGCAUCAACCUCUGCGAAUUUCUCUUUCUGUGCUCUUUAUGUAAUUCUUCAUUUCUCAUCAUAUUUUCCAGCCAUCAAAACUAUUCUAAACAAAAUUGUUCAUUGGAAGUAACGCGCGAAUUACAUGCGUUGCGAUUUUUAUCCUUAUUUUCAUUCGAAUCUUCCCGCUUCGAAUAUGAGAGGUCGCCGCAGUCGAUUAAUUUAAAGAUGGUUGAAUCGCUAUCGUCUGGUAUUUAUUGAUAAACAAACAUACGUAUUAUAAGCGUGUAUAUAUACCUGCAUGUAAUAUUUUAUCAAUUAUGGCCUCAUCCAGUCGCAGAUCAAACAUUAAAGUAGGAGUUGGAGCAAUAGUUUGUGAAGAAGCUAUAUUAAAAGGUGAUAUCACAAUUGGCCCUCGUACUGUUGUCCAUCCUCGAGCAAGUAUUAUUGCUGAAGCAGGCCCAAUCAUUAUUGGAGAAGGAAAUAUAAUUGAAGAAAUGGCAACUAUUAUCAAUAGGAUACCAUCCGAUCAGAGUGUUACACCUGUUCAAAUUAUUGGAAACUAUAAUGUAUUUGAAUUAGAUAGUACAUGUGAAGCAUCCAAAGUAGGAGAUCACAAUAUUCUUGAAUGCAAAGCAUUCGUAAGCAAAGAGGUAGAACUGACAAGUGGAUGUAUAAUUGGAACAGCUUGUUCUUUGACAGAACAGGAAAUUGUACCCGAAAACACAAUUGUAUAUGGCAGCGAAUGUCAGCGUAGAGAGAUGAACGAUAAACCAUAUCCUCAAAUUGGACAACUAGAUUACCUUAUGAAAAUUUUACCAAAUUACCAUCACAUUUACAAACCUAAUAUAAAACCAACCAAAAGUGAACCUUCUGUAUAGAUUUAGAUUUAGAUUUACAAUUGUAAUUUGUUAUACUUAUACUUAUAUUUUAUACUUAUUAAGUUUCCUAUUAGAUAAUAACAAAAAAAAAUUGUUUAAAAUGCAACUCUAUAUCUUCUCCAAGAGUAAUGCAGAUAUCUACCUUUCAAUUCUACCAACUUGUCCGAGAUGGCUCUGCUCGUCACAUUUUUAAGAAUAAAUAUGCAUUUUCUUAUUACAAUAUAUUUUUAUCGUAACAUAAUCUUAUAUUAUUGAUAAUUUAAAUAAAUUAUUUACAAUUUUAUUACAAUUUAAGUAUUUUUAUGAAAUUGAGUAAUUUAUUCUACAUGUAUUUAUUUUGUGAUAUUUUAUUUAUAAAUUACGUCUUUAAUACCA